CUGAGGCGGCCGCCCGCCCGCCGCCAUGCCGGUGAAGAACCGGUACAACCUGGUGGACGAUGGCUGCGACUCCCGCGUCCCGCUGCACAACGAGGAGGCCUUCCAGCACGGCAUCCACUUCCAGGCCAAGUACAUCGGGAGCUUGGACGUGCCCAGGCCCAACAGCCGCGUGGAGAUCGUGGCAGCCAUGAGGAGGAUCCGGUACGAAUUCAAAGCCAAGAACAUUAAGAAGAAGAAGGUGAGCAUCAUCGUGUCCGUGGACGGGGUGAAGGUGAUCCUGCGCAAGAAGCAGAAGAGAAAGGAGUGGACCUGGGACGAGAGUAAGAUGGUGGUGAUGCACGAUCCCGUGUACAGAAUUUUCUACGUCUCUCAUGACUCACAAGACCUGAAAAUAUUCAGUUACAUCGCACGGGACGGCGCAAACAAUUCCUUCAGGUGCAACGUCUUCAAAUCCAAGAAGAAGAGCCAGGCCAUGCGCGUGGUGCGCACCGUGGGACAGGCCUUCGAGGUGUGCCACAAGCUGAGCCUGCAGCACGCCCUGCAGAACGCCGACGGGCAGGCCGACGGUGCCAGCGACAAAUCGGCCGAGGAGCAGCCGCUGGAAGUUCACCAGAUAAAGGGCUCCAAGAUCACGGAUGUGGAUGAGGUUGGCAUCGAUACUGGGGGCAUCUGUAUGUCCGAGAGGGGACCCAGAGAGCUGCCAGGUGCCAGGGGAGACCUUGGCAUGCUGAAACCUGGGCAAGCCUCAAAGGAAAAGAAUGGCCAGGAUGCCGAAAACUUCUCCCUCCACCUGGCCAGCUCCCAGCAGCUGCUCAGCCCGGGCAGCCCCUGCUCCUCGGCCUCCAUCACCCCGCUGGCCUCCCAGCACUGCCUCCAGCUGCUCCAGCAGCAGCUCCUCCAGCAGCAGCAGCAGACGCAGGUGGCUGUGGCCCAGGUGCAGCUGCUGAAGGACCAACUGGCGGCCGAGACAGCGGCGCGGAUCGAGGCGCAGGCCCGGGUGCGGCAGCUCCUGCUGACCAACCGCGACCUGCUGCAGCACGUCUCGCUGCUGGUGCGGCAGCUCACAGUGCUGGAGGCCCGGGAGGAGCACCGGGAUGAGCAUCGGCAGCCGGCUGACCACUCCUUGCAAAACCUGUCCCUGGCCCAGUCCCUCUCCCUGAACCUGAAGAACCACUACAGCCUGGAUGUCCACCUGCCAUCCACCUCCACCCCUGCCAGCAUCCUGGGCAGCCCGGUGGCCCCCGGCUCGCUGCCCUCCCUGGGCCCCAGGGACUCCUACCUCAACCUCGUCAGCCUGGACAGGGGCAGCCACCGCUGCGGCAGCAAGGAGGGGGACGAGUGCCUGGAGGGGCAGGAGGGGCUCAGCCGGCGUGUGGAGGGCUCCGAGGUCGGAGACUUUGCCCUGCCCAACGGGGGCAGCCGGCAGAAGGCGGAUGACACGGCCAGAGGGGACGAGGACAGGCGGCAGCCACCCAUUCCCAAGCUGAACCCACCCCCACCCAUCCUACGCAAAAGGUCAAGCAAGACCUCCCCAAGCCUGGAAGUGGAGGUGAAGCCCGAGAGCACUGCCCACCUGAGCCUACCCAGUGCCAGCAUCUCCAGCCUCACCAGCAUCACUGCCAGCUCCCUCACCCUCUUGGACCCUGAGGCAAGGACUCCUGCACGGAGCGCUGCCUCCAGCACGGAGCUCGGCCCUGCCGGGACCUGCCAGCGCUCUCUGGGCAAGGACAGGACUGGAGACAGCGAGCCAAUGUCCCCCUUGGCCAGCAUCCAUGACCCAGCAGCCAGCGAGACCCUGGCCAAGGAGUUAGUGGCCCUGGGCAGCCCCACGGACAGCUCACUGCCCUUCUCCCCUGCAGAUGACACCUGCUUGCACAUUAGCUUCUCUGAAGAUGAGCUGGACACUGCUGUGGGGCCCAGCAGAGUCCCCUCUUAGUGGGGCCACAGGAGGUGGUAGCUGGUGGCUGGCAGCCCCAGCAGCUCCAUCCACAACCCUGCAGUGGGAGUGGGGGUCCCUGUGCCCAGGCUACAAGACAGGUCCCUUUCCUGUACCUGUCCCACAACCUAGAGGCCACCCCACAGGAGGGGACUGGCCAGCCCUGCCUCAGUCGGCACCAGCUCACACUGCUGUCACACUGCCAUCGCGUCCCUGCUCACAGCCAGGGAUGCUCACAGCAGAGAAUUCCCAGGGAGCUGCAGGCUGGAAGCCCUGGGCAGGGCUGUGGGACAAGAGACUGUUCUGUUCAUUGGUUGCCACCCCUGGCGGCCUGAGCAGGGCCACACAGCACAGCCACGGUGUCACUGCCCUGCCCAGCUCCCAGGGUGUGUCCCAGACUGCCACCACACUGGGACUCUCCAGAGCUGCCAGUGUCCACCAGCCCCACACUGUGCCCAGCCCUGCUUUGGGGACAGCAGCCCCACCACUGUGUCCCCAUGCAGUGAAGCCACCACUGCCUCCAUAGGUGCCUUUUCCCACUCCCCAGCACCCACUGCCCACACAGGCUGGGCCCCACUCUGAGGCCACUGAUGGGUGCAGGGCUGGCCGUGGGAGCCUGCAGCAGGGGGUGACCCCCUGAGGAAGGGUGCACCCCAUGUCUUGGGCAGAGAGCCCUCCCGUGCCCCCCGAGCUGCUGGUGGCUGCAGGCAGGAGGCUGCUCCUUGUGCUGAUUUUAGGGUGUUACGGUGUGGUUUGGGUUUGGUCCCAGAAAUGUGAGUGUCCUGGGAGGAGUUCAGGUUUAAGGAAGAAGGGGGGUGAUGCUCACCCACCUUGGUUGUUUGUCAGAGGGUGUUGGGAAAGUGUCAGAGAGUCCAGUUGGGAAGUGUCAAGCAGAAAUGGAGACUUGGAGCAGCCGUGCUGCCUGUCCCUGCCAUGGUGCUGCUCCUGCAGGGAGAGGGGGGUGACAGGACAUGCACCCAGAGCCAGCCGUGGCAGUGACAGAGCCAGGACGGGGCUGGGGACUGGGCUGGGGGUUGUAAAGCUUGGCUGGGCUGUCCUGUAGUGCAGUAGUGACAGCCCAGCCCCUCCACAGGACACUGCAGUUUGGUAAUGGACUUUUAAAGAAAAAAAUAAACAGAUUUGCAGAGCCA